UAUAGGGAUGAGAGUACCAAGGAAGAGUUAGUGUGCAUCUUGGAGAAAUUCUUGGAAAAAUUCUAUAGCAUUGGGUGCAUCAUAAGGGAUAAGAGGAGAAGGAGAAGGCGGUUAGAAAGGAGAGCAAAUAGGAGGCAAGGAGAUUAAGGGAAUGCAGAAUCAAGGGAUUCCCGGGAUGGCGGGAGUUACUAACGGGAUACCCUAUAAUGGGAAUAACCCCCACGGAGUUGUCUCAUGUUACUUGUGUGGUAAAGCGGGGCAUUACGCCCGGAACUGUUGGGCAGGUGGUAACGGGAGACCGCCCGCUGUGCAGGCACAAGCACCGGCGUUGGCCGCGGAUGAGGAGACAAAGGAAAUGAGGGAGUAUUUUAGAGAAAAGAUUCGGAAGAGAAAGAUGGAUGAGGAAAGGAGGAAGCGGAGGCGCAAAGAAGAGGAAAACAAGAAGGAAUUGGAGAGGAUGAGGGAAGCAGAGGCGCGAGAGGCGAGAUUGGAAGCACGCUUGGUCCGAUUGUUGGCACAACACACAAAGGCGGGAAAACAGGGAGAGAGUUCGGGGGUAAAGAAAAAGUCACCAAGGACAAAGGCGAGGGUUCUUCGGGAAAUCAGGAGUUACCUUGAUGAAUCAGAAGACGAGAGUGAAGAAGUGAGGGAGAAAGCCGGGAAGCUGGUUGAUGUGAUCGAGAGAAGGAAAGGGAAGGGUAAAGCAAGAGAUGAUGGCGGGAGGUGGCCGAAGAUCAAGGAAGAAAGUAGAGGGAUUCGUGAGGACCCAGUGAGGGUGGAGGAUGACGAGGACAAGACUCCACCUCCGGUUCGUCGACCGAGCGUAGAAGAUCCGAGCAUCUUGGAUUUUGCGAUUGAGUUACAUCGGCAUCUGUCUGAGAAGAAAGUUCCGGAGUUGCGGAAGAUAUGUAAUCGGGAGGGGAUCGAAUGGUCCAAAAGAGACACAGUGAUUGGGGAACUCAUGAAGUGUCAGGCGAAGUUAGCAUACGGCGAGUUUAACGAAAACGGACGGAUUUCCGAUCUGUUUGAGAAGUGAAGAAGGUGAGUAUGGAUGUACUCAAAAGG